CACAUAAUAUAAUUCACAUAAUCAACACAUUCAUCAGAACUAAGCAAAAGAAAAUAGCCAAAGAUGAGCGAGAUCAAAGCCAGACGCAUACUCCUUCUUUCCAUCAUAUUCCUCUUCUUCGUCUCCGAGACUCUUCUUUUGUGUUCUGCUAACGAGCAUGGCUCGAGGAAUCUUGCAGUGGUCAUGAGAAAGCGGAUAAGAAACGGAGCGCCUCGCAACUCAACAUCCGCAGCUUCGACUAUGAUGUUGCCAAGCUCCUUUCAUAUUGGUGCUGCUUCUUCUUUCCUCCUCGCUCUCCUUUUAUAAGUUCCGUUUGUAGUGAUCGUAAUCUACAUAUUCAGAGUGAUUGAUUUUAAUUCUGUCGUUGAUAUAUCCGUUUCAUUGUAGUUCUUUAUUGUCUAAAAUAAAAAUAAAAGUGUAUCGUCAUUUGUCA